CCGCUCCCACUCCACCACUCUAAACCUCCCUCUCUCGAUCUCGGCCUCGCCCGCAAGCCAGCGCAGCCGUCCCCGCUCCACGCCGGGUAGAGAGGAGAGACCUAACCCAACAGCUUCCGAGCGCGUCCGGCGGCGGCGAUGGCGGGCAAGUCGCACACGCGCAAGGCGUUCCUCCUCUGCAACUACAUCCUCCUGGGGGCCGCCUCCAGCUGCAUCUUCCUCACGCUGUCGCUGCGCCUGCUGCCGUCCCCGUGCGGCCUGCUCCUGCUCUUCCUCCACGCGCUCACCGCCGUCUUCUCCGCGGCGGGUUGCUCGGGCUCCUUCACGGCGCCCGCCACGCCCGCGCAGUGGCACAACGCGCACACCGCGGGCGCCGCGCUCACCGCCAUCUUCCAGGGCGCCGUCGCGCUGCUCGCCUUCACACGCACCUCAGACUUCCUCGCCGAGCUCCAGUCCUACGUCCGCGACGAGGACGGCGCCGUCAUCCUCAAGAUGGUCGGCGGCCUUGGCACCGCCAUCUUCGUCCUCGAGUGGGCCGCGCUCGCGCUCGCCUUCUCCCUCCGCCUCGAUGACGAAGACGACGACGACCUCCACGCCAAGAACUGGCAAUCGUACCAUGUCUGAUGCCCCGUCAACUGCUGGUCUUAAAUUUCUCCUUCAGAACGAUACUCCUAUAUGAACAAGAUUCGUUGAUUCUUUGCCGUCUGUUCUAGUAUGUUCUAUUGCUGUAAUUCUUUUGUACUACUGUGUACUCCUAUGCCUGUUCAACCAAAAAUGUUAUAAAUGCCAAAGCAAAUAUAUAUUGCUUUUGUUGCC